AUACCUGCUUUGUAUAUAAGUAUAGGUGCUGUGUAGAAAAAGCAGAGGUGUAUUAAAAGUUCCCAGUUAAGUAGUAAGCCCAAAUAAUAUCUGUAAGAACAAAUUUAAAAUCUAAAAUGUAUUUCUAUUAAUAAGUCCGCCUGGAAUAUUUUAAUAUUCUGACAUUAAGCUUAAAAUCUAACACAAAAAGUGAUGCCGGGAGUCGUCAAGUCUUUCGUAUAUUUUCCUACAGCAGUAUUUUUACUAAUGGGGGUGGGAUUCUUUAUUUGCUACGGCAUAGCAGUUACAAGCGGCCACGUGGUGUCGCCUCCGCUGUGGCCGUACGUCAGCAACACAGGGGGAACCCCCCCGGAAAGUUGUUUGUUCACCUUAUUUUUAACAUGGGCUGCGAUAUUUCUGUUGCUUACAAUGUUUUCGUAUUACAAAUUCGUCGAUCACCACAUUCCAGGAUCACGUGUCAAUACAGCUGCUAUAAUUAUUGGCGGCAUUUCCUGUUUUGGCCUAACGAUGGUGGGUGCUUUCCAGUGGAAUUUGGUCCCAGUUCCGCAUUGGAUCGGAGCCGGCAUAGCGUUCGUGGGAUCCGUUAUAUACAGUUGGCUAGUUUUCAUAUUAUCGUGCAGACUUGCUACACAUAAGACGGUAGUAGCUUUAAGGUUCCUACUGGCCGCUACAGGGACUGCAUCUGGUGUUGUGUUUCUUAUAGGAAUUAUUCUGGCUAGGAUCGACAGAUCAUCUGAAACUUUGUACAUGGUUGCUACUGUUUCAGAAUGGUUCCUUGUCUACUCAGCAAUAAUCUACUUAUUUACAUUCGCGUAUGAACUACGCAACGUUUCAAGCCUUAACGUUGGACACAUUACAAACAGCAAUCGUGUUGCAACUGAUCGAAACAUGCAGGGGAACACUGCGGGAAGCAGCAGCAAUUCGAGAACAUUGUCAGUAAAAAUGGGUUACGUAAAUACUGGAUGUCGUAUCUAAAAAUAUUGAAAACCAAGCAGGAUAAAUACAUAUCAUAGAACGUAUCUGCCAAUUAAAAAACCUCCAUCAGCAUUUAACCCAAAAGAUAAAGAAAUGCCAAUUCAAUGAUUGACACCUGUGACUGUGACGUAUUGUUUUAUUGUGUUGAAUGUUGGCCUUUGUGUCUAUUUUGGUGUGGCGUCCUUCUGCACUGUUUCUAUUUUUACUCUCGUUGUUACUGACUUUUGUGUUGAGUUGAUACGUCUCCUGCUAAACCACCCUUGAGCAUGAUUGGUCGUCGUGGCGCGAGUGCGCCUUUUCUCCUGUUUGUUAAAUCCGCCCGAAUAUUGUAUAAGAUCGGCAGUUCUUGUGGUGCAUGGUUGAGUAAUGUUGGU